CCUCUUGGUUCAUGGGUGACCUCUUGGCUCAACCAACUGAGCCACACCGGCCUGGCGGGAUCUUCAUUCUUGACUCUUUCCUUUGUUAAAUAAAAACCUGGAACGUGGAACUAAGAAGGGUACGGAACGCCUCCUGGGUGUUGUGGGGAAAGUAGAAAGCCCAAGCACCCGUGUGCUACUUACUGGCAAUAGAAUACAUGUUAGUGCUUUGUUGUCUUGACUGCCGAGUAUUUUCCGAGAUUAUAUUUUUUGUUUGUUUUCUUCUGUUUCUUUUGCAUUCGGACGGGCUGAGCGAGGUCCUCCACUUCAGCGAAUGGAGGUGAGGGGUGCACCAGGACCCUGUGAGAUGCGGGUCAUGGGCUCCAGGCCACGUCUUCAGGUGCAGUGGCCGCCCACGGCUGCCCAUCAGCUGUGAAGAGACCACCUUCCGUUCCUUUGAUGAUGGGUGACGUGCGGGAGUCCUGGGAGCCGUGUGUCCUGGGUGUGCACCCUGCCUGUGGAUCCCGCAGGAAGGUGGAGUGGCCGUGCGGGACUUGCCAUCAUCCAUGAAGUGAAGACCAUGCUUUCCUUGGAUGAGCCGAAUCGAGUGCGAGUCCUGGAAGCCGAGUGUCCCUGGGUGUGCACCCUGCCUGUGGAUCGCUCAGGAAGGAGGAGUGGCCAUGUAGACUCGCCAUCAGCAAUGAAGACACAACCUUCCUUUCCUUUGUUGACGGAUGGGAUGGGGGAGUCCUGGAAGCUGAGUGUCCCUGGGUGUGCACCCUGCUUGUGGAUCGCUGAGGAAGGUCGCAUCGUGACAAAAGGACUGUCGUCCGCCUGGAAGAAACCACCUUGCUCUCUACCUGGGGGUUGGACAUGGGCGGGUCCUAGAAGAAGUGUUGCCCCAGGUCUGCCUACUGUCCCCGGCAAUUCAGGAAGGUGCAGCCCCAGCGCCAGGGUCUGUAUGGGCCAAGACGAGAGGCCCGUUGUCGGCCUGGAUGGCCCGAGUGCCCGGGAUCCCCAAAGAAGGGUGCCUGAGUGGGCACGGAGCCAGGAUCCCCAGGAAGGUGUCGUCGUCAUGAAAGGCCUGUUGUCCGCCUGGAAUAAACCACCUUGCUCUCUACCUGGGGGUCGGACGUGGGCGGGUCCUGGAAGAAGUUUAGCCCCUGGUCUGCCUCAUGCCCGCGGGGCGCUCGGGAAGGUGCAGCCCCAGCGCCAGGGUCUGCAUCAGCCAAGACGAGAAGCCCGUUGUUUGCCUGGAUGGCCCGAGUCCCCGGGAGUCCCGAGGAAGGUGCCUGAGCGGGCACGGAGCCGGGAUCCCCAGGAAGGUGGCAUCAUCAUGAAAGGCCUCACGUCUGCCUAGAAGGGACCACCUUGCUCUCUACCUGGGGAUCGGACGUGGGCGGGUCCUGGAAGAAGAGUAGCCCCGGGUCUGCCUCAUGCCCCUGGGGCGCUCAGGAAGGUGCAGCCCCAGCGCCAGGGUCUGCAUCGGCCAAGACGAGAAGCCCGUUGUCUGCCUGGAUGGCCGGAGUCCCUGGGAGUCCCCGA